AUGGUCUUCGAGCACUUUGAACGCGACCUUGCGCGGUACAUGCACGAACUGGGCCCUCUCCCUGAGCGGAGAGUCUGGCGCUUUGCCUUGCAGCUGCUUCAAGCACUGGCCUAUUGUCAUGCGCACCGCGUUGCCCAUCGAGAUAUCAAGCCGCAGAAUGUCCUGGUCAAGCCUGAGACUGACGAAGUCAAGCUGUGUGAUUUCUCUUUGGCCCGCACUGUGGUGGUGCAACCUACCAUCUCCCAGUGCCCUGAAACGCACCGCGUGGCCUCACUGUGGUACAGGGGCCCGGAGAUCUUGCUUGGCUCCGAGAAAAGUGGUGACCAAAGCGGUCUGAGGCUGGAUGUUUGGUCGCUGGGAUGCGUCAUUGCGGAGAUGAUGCUGCAUGAGGUGUUGUUCCCUGGCUCCUCGGAGAUAGACAUGCUCUUCAAGCAGUUUAAGCUCCUUGGGACCCCUGAUGAGUUGUCCUGGCCAGGAGUGACCUCACUGGCAAACUGGUCAGAUCGCUUCCCGCGCUUUAGAGCUGGUGUAUGGUGCGAGAAAAUUCAGAGCAACCCCGAGAUGCACAACGUCAUAUCUUCCCUGGUGUGCUGCUGCCCUCCGCGCCGGCAGUCAGCAGGGGCCUUGUUGGGCCACAGCGCCUUCCGCAUGCUGGACCCUGCCCUUCCCUCACAGCCCAAGCCCUUGGGUUCUGACCGCAGGUUUUCUGGGCAAGCCAAACGACCAGAGGUUUCUCCAACGGCAGAGAGGCUGCCAGAGCUACACAGGGCCGAACCCCAUCAUGAAGCCCUCCAAGACCAGCUCUUCAGCCGACUUGCGCGGGAGAGUUCCUGCCCAGAGGCGCUUGCAUCGAGCAAGAAGGCAAGACAAAAGGCCUCCUUGUUGGACGAGUGGCAUUUGAACACACAGAUUCGAAAUGUGCGCUGA